UACUCGACACUCCAACCUCAUACAGCUCUAACAAUCUGGUAUUUCUGUUCCAAAAAUAUGCAUCCAUGCCUUUGAGGGUGCUUUUGAAAUUCGUCCUUGGUGUGAAGUGAGAGAGUGACGAGUUUAAAUAAGAUUUGUGAUUCAACCAGCACAUAAGUGGUUCAGGGGUUCAACAUGUUGAGUUUGGCCGAGAAAAAAGACCAGAUCUCGGAUCUAUCCAGGCGCGUGGAAACGGUUCUUUUGUUUCUACUCUCUGAGAACGAGUCAUUAAAAGAGCAAAUCAACCAAGAACAAAGUGAAAGGAUCAGCCAAAACGACACCUUAGAGUCACAAUUGAAGGAUGGAUUCGCCAAACUAACAGCUGACUUGAACGGCGAAAUAAAAAUUAGGGAAUUUGAGGGAAGGCAGCUUAGAGAUGAUUUGAAGAGACAAGGCAACAAGCAGCAAGAAGACACUGACAGAAUAGGAGAAAAACUGGAACAAGAACGGUUUGAACGCGUGGAGCAAGCCCGAAAUUUGAAUGACUUUUUUACAGCCGAAAAUGAGGACCGGAAGACCAAUCUGGAGGAUGUCAAUGCUUGGAUUCAAAGCGAGAACGAUCUGCGGAAACGAGAGGCAGAGGCUUUACAGGAACGUUUGGAGAGGGAAAAGCAAGAGUUGCGCGACUACAUGGAGAAAGACAGCAAGGACAUGAAAACCAAGUUAAAUCAAGAGGAGGAGCUGAGACGCAAAAAAGAGGAGGAAAUCCAGGAGCAACUCAAGGAACAAGAACAAGCCCGCGAGAACGAGAUAAUUCAGUUGUACAAGCGGAUGGCCAAGGAAAAUAUUAAAAGGGAGGAAGAGAUUGAUGAACUCCGGUCCAAAUUGGAAAAAGAAAAACGCGACCUGAGAGCGCAAAUGGAACACGACAAUCAGGAUAUGCUUGCCAAGUUGAACCAAGAGAAUCUAGAGUUAAAAGACGCACUGAAAAAAGAUAAACUAGGAUUGCAAGGCGAGAUAGACGUCAAUAAAUACAGCAGCAAUAACCAGAUCGCUGACCUAGAUGCCCGAUUAAAACAACUGGUGAAGGAUUCAGGUGGUGAGAUGCAGUCCCUAUUGGAAGCCAUCGGCAGGAACCAGACCGAAUUGAAGAGCUUAAUUAACCAGCCUCUCUCCGUGUAUUUUGACGCAUAUCGGACGGAAGACUAUCUGGACGGAGGAGAACAGUAUCUAACAUUCUCAAAAUGUCAAACGAACUUGGGUAACGGCUUCCAACCGGAAUCGGGUGUUUUUUCGGCCCCCAAGGCAGGUGCCUAUCUUUUCAUCAUUCAUGUUUGCACUCAUGACAUGAAGAAAGCCCUGAUGACCAUUCAUAAGAACCAACAGCAAGUGGCCUCCUUCUACGAUCAAAACCACGAGUCCAACCAUCGCAACUCAAUGGCUGGUCAAAGCGUACUGAUUGAUCUCGAAGUAGGGGACCGAGUGCAAGUCUAUAUGUUCAUAGACACAGGGCUUCAAGACAAACGAAGCAACCAUCUCACUCAUUUUAUUGGCCUAUUUUUGCGCCCCAAGGACUUCAUUACAAGCGAGCACGAUAUCCCACCUUCUCGGUCUUUGACUAAUGGUUGCUGAUCGACCCUACGUAGCUUUCAUUUAUUCACAAUAAAAUAUCGACCCCCCGAGGUUUAAUGAAACGUG